AUGACGACGUUGAAGUCGUUGCGAAUACAGAAUGUGCGAAGUGUUGGAGACGAGCCUCAAGUGAUCGAGUUCUUGAAGCCUUUAACGAUCAUUCAAGGGCCAAAUGGGACUGGUAAAACAGUAAGUAUUAGUUAUUUUAUUGUUUUAUCUUUAGACUACUAUCGAAUGCUUGAAUUACAUAACGAAUGGAGCUCUUCCUUCUGGCAAAAUGCAAAGUUUUAUUCACAAUAACAAAGUAAGGAUCUGUUUUUGAACUUUCUAGUGCUUCGUUAAUGUAUUAACUAUAUUUCUAAUGUUACACUAGAUUCAAAAAUUUUAUUUUAAAAUUCAAUAUUGUUUUAGUUAUCAAAGAAGAAGAAGAUCGAUGCAUUAGUUCAACUUGAGUUCAUAAACUUCCAUGGAGUGUUCUGUACGGCUACAAAGAGGAUGACAGCUUCUCUAUCACCUAAAACUGACAAAAUCACAACGAAAUCAGAUGAGUUUACAUUGGCAGUAAGAGGAGCAAAUGGCAAACUUCAAGCAAUGUCAGCUAAAGUGGCCGAUUUCAACCGUGAAGUAUGUUUUUUGGUAAAGAAAAGUAAAAGACAAAUUUGUUUAGGUAAUAUCUAUUUUAGUUUUAUAAAUAUAAUUGAUUCUUGGUUUAGGUAACAAUUUGUUUUUAGAUGCAGAACCAUCUUGGAGUAUCGAGUGCCAUUUUGAAUCAUGUCAUCUUUUGUCAUCAAGAAGAGUCGAAUUGGCCUUUAAGUGAACCGAAAGAACUCAAAGUUAGAUUUGAUGCUAUUUUUGAAGUUACAAAAUACGUCAAAGCUGUCGAAGGAUUAAAGAAGUCUGCUAAGGAAUGGGUAUGUCAAUUUUAUCAAUUUUUGCGUUUUAAAUGUAGAUGUAAACAUACAUUGAAGCAACUUUAACUUUUAGGAAAACGAUCUGAAGGUGGUUUUGGCCGAGAUUCCAUUACUAAAGUCAGCGAACGAUUCUCGAGUUCAACAAUGUAUGUUGAGAGAAGAUACCAAGACUACAGUGGCACAGCUUCAGAAAGAAGUUAAUGAUGAAUUGAAGGAGGUAAAACAACUAGAAGAUGAGUUGAAGGCAGUGCGGAAGGAGAGUUUUGAAGUUGUUACAUUGGAGGGCGCGUCUGGUAGGUUUGUGAUAAGAUUUUUAUUAGCUUUAAGGUUUGAAGAUAUAUUAUAGGUAACAUGUUGUGAAAAGUUUUAUUGUUUGGGAUUUUAAGUAUUGUUUCAGUGUAAAAGUUUGAUUUUCUUAACGAAAGAUUAUUGUUUAUCUCAUUUUAGCUUUGAUUUGCAAAGAAAUUGAAGCUCUGAAGGAUUCUGUGUUGGGUCUGAACGUGGAACCAUUCAAAGGAACUCGGGAAGAGCUACGAGAAAAGAUUAAUCAGGUAAUAAUUAGACUUUAAAUUCGAAAUUCAAUACUUUGGUAUUUUAAACUAUGUUAUUAUAGUCAUUAGAAUCUUGUGAAAUGAUGGACAUAGCAUCUAGAAGAGAGAGCACAAAGAGAGAAGAGGUUUCACUGAAUGAGCAGCUGAAGGAGAAAACUGAUGGAGUUAACCAGCUUCAGUCUUACUUGAACAAAGCUGAAGCUAACGAAAUGGUAGGGUUUUAAUAGUAGUUUUCAUUUAGUAACUUUGUUUAUUUUGAUUUGAUUAUAUUGUUUUAGAUAGUGGAGAACUACAAAAAGGAGUGUAACGAACUGAUAGCUCAGGGACAACAUGUUUUUGGUAUUAACGGUAAGUUUUUAUUUAAAUUUGUGUUUGAUAUUUGUCAAUUUAGAAUAUGAAAAAAAUUGUACGAUAAUCGGUAUCCUUAUUAUAACUUCUUUAAGUAUAUUGUUUUAGUUAAAGAUCAAAAUUGUUCUUUUAGGAGACGGGGCUGUUUUCAUAUCUUCGCUAGAGAAGAUGACAAAAGAGUUAGAAGCCGAGCUGAAGAACUUUGACAGUUUACAAAGUUUUGAUCGAAGACGAAUUGCUGAAGACCUGAAUGAAGCCAAGAAGGCUAGCCAUGAAAAUGAACUCAUGAACAAUAUCAACUCGAGGGAAGAGAAGAAGCUCAAUUUGAAUGUUCAGAAGUUGGAGAAGAAACUGAAGGAUGUUACAGAAAAGUAAGUUUUACAAGAUUUUGAGGUUUUUGCUUUGAAUUUGAAUUUUUAGGUAACAAUUUUGGGCAGGUUAAAAUAAAUGUUUUUUAAAUAACAUACCAAUCAUUGCUAUAUAUAUUCUGUUUGUUAAAAUAUUUACACCAAUAAAGUUGUAUAUGGUAAUACUGUAGUCGUAUAUUGUUGUAGAUCUGAAGCACUUACCUCAGAUGUUCGUCAUCUCAAGGUCAGACUCAGCAAACUAUCUCAACGUAACAGAAUUGAUGUCGCCGUUGUAUCAAAUCAACUUCAAGGACUUGAAAACGAAGCCAAGGUGAUUACCGAGUUGUCCAGUAAUAAUGUUAACAUUGACGAUCUUGUUCAAGGUGUUGAAGGAUUGAGUAUUGAUCAUGAACACGCUUUUCAGAAGCUGUCUGUCCGGUUCUUGGCCAAUCGACUAAAGUAAGUUAAUUUUGACGUUAUUUUAGGUAAUAUACUACUUGUUAUAAGCGGUACAAAUGUUAUUUUUACUUUUUUAAAUAGAGUUUGCUGCAGAAAUUUACAGUUAUGUUUGCUUUUUACUUAAUUUUUGAUUAAAAUAGCAUAUUUGUUGUAGGAAAAACGUCCGAGAAGCCGCAGAAAACGGAGAUGAACUGAAGAAUGUUGAACAAGAAGUGUUGGAUCUGAAGACAAAGUUGAAUGAACUUGAAGGAGCUAAGAUAAUAUUCAACAAAUGGACCGGCUUCAUCGAUGAAAACCAGAAUUGUCCACUUUGUGAUAAGAAAUGCCAAGGAAAUGAAGGACAUUCUAUUAAGGAAAAGGUAACGUUUGUCUUUUUAGGUAAUAAAUUUUGAAUUUUGAAAUAUUUAAAGAUUUAUUUUUGAUCUGAUGAUGCAUUUUUAGUUGAACAUAGCGAACGUGGAAGAAGAGAUUCUCAGUAUCAAAGAACGGCUGGCAGAAGUUCAAAAGACUGAGAUGAAUCUAAUCUUUCAACAACGGGUCAAAUAUGUUAAGGAUGAGAUAUCUUCAACUCAAGAGAGUAUUCGAAAGGAAAAUGACAUUUCUAGAAUGGAGGCUGAUCUAACUAGGCAGGCAAGUAUAAAAUAAGGUUAUUUUAAAAUACGGUUUUACUUGUUGAUGACAUAAGCAUGUUAUUAAGUAUAAUACAAAGCUUUAUGUGGGUAAUAUGCAUUUGACUUUUUUUGGAAAACUAGAUUUUAUUGAUAUUACUAUUACUAAACAGUGUUUUUUAAAUUGGGUAUAUUUUUAGAUCGAAAACCUGGAACGAACUGUAGAACAACUGAAAGUAGAUCAAUCUAAACUAGAGUUGGAACUGGAAGAAGAGAAAAAGAAACUACAAGAUGUGAAAACAGAAUUGGAUCAGAUCAGAUCCAAACGAGAAUCAGUCAAAUCCACGUUAGAACAGAAGCAUAAGGCUCUCGAACAGCUUGAGACGAACAGCAGGUCAGAAAGGGCCAAGAUCACGACCCAACUGAACGAUCGCAAGAACUUGUUGGACAAUCUGACCAAAGUCUUCAGGAAACUGGCAGAACUCGAAGCUUCAACUCUCGAUAAAGCUGAAUUGGAACAGAAGAAACUGUCUUUGAAUGAGGAAAUUGAGAGAAUCAGAAGGGCUCUGAAUGACUGUACCUUAACAUUGGCCAAUUGCGACAAUCAGGAGAGCCAACACAGGGUUCUAGAGGAUCAAAUGAGAUUGUUCAGGACGAGAGACAGAAUCAGGGCUUUGAUGAUUGAGAAAGAAGAAUUGGGAUUGGAGAAGAGGACGAGUGCCAACGAAUUGAAUGAAAAAGUAGGUAACAAAGCGAAAAAUAAGGUUUUUGGAUUAUAUAUUGGAUUAAAACAUUUUUGAACCUAAUAUUAUCAAAUUAUUCUAUAUUAUAGUAGUUUUAAGGUAUAAAAUUUGUCUUUAAUUAAAUUGAACCACAUUUAUAACAAUGUAUUUAGGAGAAGGUGUUGAACAAGAAAGCCUUGGCCAAACGAAGUCGUAUCGACCAGAAGGAAGGUCGGUUGAGAGAGUUGCAGAACAAGUUGAAGGAGAUCGAAGUCAGUUUGAGGUCAGAAAGUAUGAAGAACGCAAAGUCAAAGUUGUACCAGAAAGUAACCGAGAAGAUGGUAUACCAAGCUGGUAUAGAGGACUUGAAGAAGUACAGCAAAGUAUUGGAUGACAGUAUCAUCGCUUUCCACCAUCAGAAAAUGGAACAGAUAAAUCAGAUUCUGGGUGAUUUGUGGCCAAGAGUCUAUCAAGGAAGUGAUAUUGAGACUAUUCGGAUCAAGUAUGUUGUUUUAGGCUCAGCUUGCUUUAGUUCAUGUCUAUUUUGAUUGUUUUGGAAGUUGAAAAGUUUCAUUUUGAGGUAAUAAACGUGUUAUUGUAGGUCUCAAGCCAUCGGAUCAGGUGAGAAGAAGAAGAGCUACGAUUACUCUGUAGUUAUGGUAGUCGAUCAACAAGAAUUGGAAAUGAGAGACAGAUGUAGUGCUGGUCAAAAGGUAUUGGCUUCAAUCCUCAUCAGAAUAGCCUUGGCCGAUGUGUUUGGAGGUGAUUGUCCUAUCUUGGCCUUGGACGAACCAACUACAAAUCUUGACGCUUCGAAAGUGGAGAACAUUGGGACGAUGUUAAAGGACCUACUGGACGUGUACAACACUCCAGACAACAGUACAGUUCGAAAUGACCUUCAACUGUUGGUCAUAACUCACGACAGACGACUGGUCGAUCAUCUCUAUUUGGCUUGUCGACCCGAGUUCCUUUAUGUUUUGAGUAAGGACGAGCUAGGAAUGUCACAUAUCACGAAGAAAACGGCUCUCAACGACGGAACGUUUGCUUAUUAG